CUUGUCCACCACAAAUGCAUCUGUCUCUGUCACGUGCACCUCCUGCCCUCCCCAGUUUCUUUAGCGAAAACCCUUGAGGGCUACAAAGGGAUAAACCAGCAGUUUUUGUUAUUGAUCAGCUCUGGGAGAAGCUGCUGCUUCCCUCGUGGCUCAGCAGCUGCUGCCUUUGCCCAGGUGUUUCUGAAGGAGAAGGCCAGGCAGCUGCUGGAGAGACGAUGGCUCCAGAGGCAGAGCUGGGCUGUUGUCACUCUGCAGAGGAAAUUCCGCUGCCUCCUCCGCCGCCGGCGCCUCCGUGUCCUCCAGGAGAAAGUCACGGUCAUCCAGGCUCACUUCCGAGGGUACCAGGCAAGGAAGCGUUACAGGAGGCUGAAGAAGACUUUGGUGCAAUUUAAAACCAUGAUUUUAAUCUCCAGACCUUUGGUUCGGAGGAGGAAGCGCUGCCAGGUAACAGCAGUCCUGUCAGAGCAAGGUGUACAGGAGGGGCUAUUCCUGCCCUAGGCAGAGCGAGCUGGGGACUGGGUGAGGCCAGGGCAGGGAUAGCCUUGGAAGGUUUGUUGGGA